ACGCGCUUCCGGUUUCAUGGCGACCCGAGCCCGGCAGCGCAAGGCGGCCCCUCCCUGCGAGCGGCCGGAGGCGACGGCGAUGUGACCCGCGGGGCCUGGUGCCGGGCGGCGCGUCAGCUCCGUGUCGCCCUCAGUCCGCGCGGAUGGCGGCGUCCGGCUGCGCGUGGGGCGCCGAGCCGCCACGGUUCCUGGAGGCCUUCGGGCGGCUGUGGCAGGUGCAGAGCCGCCUGGGCAGCGGGUCGUCGGCGUCGGUGUACCGGGUGCGCUGCUGCGGCACCCCGGGCUCGCCCCCCGGCGCGCUCAAGCAGUUCCUGCCGCCCGGCGCCUCCGGGGCCGCCGCCUCGGCCGCCGAGUACGGCUUCCGCAAGGAGCGCGCGGCGCUGGAGCAGCUGCAGGGCCACCGGAACAUCGUCACUUUGUAUGGAGUCUUUACAAUCCAUUUCUCUCCAAACGUGCCGUCUCGCUGCCUGCUGCUUGAGCUCCUGGACGUCAGCGUCUCGGAGUUGCUCUUAUACUCCAGUCAGCAGGGCUGCUCCAUGUGGAUGAUACAGCACUGUGCCCGCGACGUGCUGGAGGCCCUAGCUUUCCUUCACCGGGAGGGCUACGUCCACGCAGACCUCAAACCACGUAACAUUCUGUGGAGUGCAGAGAACGAAUGUUUUAAGCUCAUUGACUUUGGACUUAGCUUCAAAGAAGGCAAUCAAGAUGUGAAGUAUAUUCAGACAGACGGGUAUCGGGCUCCAGAAGCAGAACUUCAGAAUUGCAUGGCCCAGGCUGGCCUGCAGAGCGACACAGAGUGCACCUCAGCCGUUGACCUGUGGAGCCUCGGCAUCAUUUUACUGGAAAUGUUCUCAGGCGUGAAACUGAAACACACCAUCAGGUCUCAGGAGUGGAAGGCAAACAGUUCCGCCAUCGUCGAUCACAUAUUUGCCAGGAAAGCGGUGGUGAAUGCUGCAAUCCCAGCCUAUCACCUGAGAGACCUUAUCAAAAGCAUGCUGCACGAGGACCCGCGCCAGAGGGCUCCUGCCCACGUGGCUCUGUGCAGCCCCUUCUUCAGCAUUCCGUUUGCCCCACACAUCGAAGACCUGGUGAUGCUCCCCACCCCGGUGCUGAGGCUGCUCAAUGUGCUGGACGGUGACUACCUCGAGAGCGAGGAGGGGUACGAAGGUCUUUGUCGAGUACGCGAAUGCUGGGGACUCCAAAGCUGCUCAGAAGCUGCUGACGGGAAGGAGGUUCGACGGGAAGUUUGUCGUGGCCACGUUCUACCCGCUGAGUGCCUACAAGAGGGGGUACCUGUACCAGACCUUGCUUUAGUCAGCAACCUUGGGAGAUGCCUGUGUCUCCUCUUCCACUCCCUGGUGGUCAUAUUCCUCCCAAAAGCAGGAGCACCCUGCCCGUUGGGAGGGGACACGUUGUACAUUUGUUUCACCUGCUCACGGGGGCUGUUGCUCAACACUGACUGCACUGUAGACCCGGGCCCCGCGCAGGACGUUCCUCUCCCCAUCCCAGGCGGGACCCUGCUGUGUGCAGCCUCGACACUCAUUAUUGCAUGUGACCGUGAGGCGGUGACGCGGGCCCAGGGAGCAGGGACGCCGCUGGAGCGGUGGUGCCUCCUGCACAGCACUCCGGAGCCGUCCAUGUCCUUGGGCGCUGGGAGCUCCGUGACGUUACCUCCUGUCCACACUGAGUUACCAUCAGCCCAGAAGUCCUAUAGCUGGGAUGUUCCUUUAAGGAGCCUGCAGGGAGCCUGGCUGCAGGCUUUUCAUACGGCUUUUAGGCUGGAAAGCUGAGGCUUGAUGUUGCACAACCCGACGUCUGGCAUGUGCUCACGUGAGUGCAAGUGGGAGAGAGAGAAAACCCGGUUGGUCCUUUUCCUGUGAUUCCUGUGAGCUGAUCCCAUCCACACCAGCCCAUUCCCUACACAUCACACCUGUCACGUUUAGAUAUCGGCCGUCUGAGAGUUGGCCUGUAUGAUAGAAGGUGAAUGAGAAACAUUCCUGGGAGGCUCAGAACAAGUGAGUCCAGACUGGGUUCCAUUGAAAUCUCUUAAUUUAAUGGUUGGAUCAGAGGGGAAGUUCUGCCUCGAGUGCCUGCCUCAUUCCAUCUGCAUUGGACCCGGGCGAGCCCACCUCUGCUGUCUCGUGAGCACUGCUAGCUCCUCAGAGUGUGCUCCCUGCUGGCGGAAAGCUGAAGUGUCAGAAAGAAAAGACUCCAUGUUCAGUGCAGCAGGCACAGGGUGGGUGACGGGCCCUUCUGUCCUGCUGCUGCUCUUCCCUGCCCCUCCUGCCCUGGCGGAGCCAGAGCCGCGCCCACUGGUCUGGUUUGGAGGUCAGGAGAGUGAAGGAAGGGGAGGCUGCCCAGGUGGGAUGGAGAGGAAGGACAACUGCACUGCGAUCGGGGACACGGGGUCACGGGCUUCCUGUCACUUUAGAUUGUCUUUAAGGAUUUAAACUUAGGAACCCUUUAUAAAGCACUGAUUAUACAAAAA